GCGGGACCACGUGACCUGACGGGGACGUUGGAGAGCAGCAGCCAUCACUGCUUCACCUGGUUCAUGUCCACUCUCCACUCUCGCACGGCGGACGAGCUGCCCCCGCUCCGGCGUGCCGCGUCUCUCCUCUCCGGAAGUGUCUCCAGGAAGACUCCACACUUUGCGUCCCACCUUGGCAGCUGCCUGACGUAGCAGGACGAACCAGCUCUAGUCGGGUUGCAGGAGCACCGUGGAGGAGAGGACCCGAGGCUGACUGACUCCCCCCAUUUAUCUGAACGGAGGGGGGAGGAGAAGGAGGAGCGGGGAAAGAGGAAGCGGCUAUACCCACCUGGAGCAUGGGGCAGAAAGUCCCCGGUGGCAUCAAAACCAUUGAUAUGCGGGAUCCGGCUUUCAGCCCACUGAAGUUGGAGCUCCAGGCCCUGAAUCACACCAAGCCGUCCAGACUGGACCUGCUCCUGGACAUGCCGCCCGCCGGCGCCGACGUCCAGGUCCAGCACUCGUGGAACAACGACGACCGCUCCCUCAACAUCUUCGUCAAGGACGACAACAAGCUGGUGUUCCACCGGCACCCCGUGGCGCAGAGCACGGACGCCAUCCGGGGGCGCGUCGGCUACACCAGGGGACUGCACGUGUGGGAGAUCAGCUGGGCCAUGCGGCAGAGGGGCACGCACGCCGUGGUCGGCGUGGCGACCAGCGACGCCCCGCUGCACUCGGUGGGCUACACGGCUUUGGUCGGGAGCAACGCGGAGUCGUGGGGCUGGGACCUGUGCCGGAGUAAACUCUACCACGACGGCAAGAACCUCCCAGGGAAAACCUACCCGGCCUUCCUGGACCCCGACGACACCUUUAUAAUCCCGGACUCCCUCUUAGUGGUCUUGGACAUGGACGAGGGGACGCUGGGUUACAUAGUGGACGGACAUUAUUUAGGAGUGGCUUUCAGAGGACUUAAGGGCAGGAAGCUCUACCCAAUCGUGAGUGCCGUGUGGGGACACUGUGAAAUUCGUAUCCGGUACAUUAAUGGACUCGAUCCCGAGCCCCUCUCCCUGAUGGACCUGUGUCGGCGUUCGGUGAGGGUGGCGUUAGGACGGGAGCGCCUGAGUGAAAUCCAUAGACUGCCCCUGCCGGACUCCCUCAAGAACUACCUGCUGUACCAAUGACGACGCCGGCCGGCCGCCGGCUCACGCUCACGACACUCCCUCCUUCCUCUCACGUGUCUCUCUGGGAUCGCUUCUGGGGUUAAACCAGUCCGGCAGCAUAGCUCAAACCUUCCAGGACUGACUCAGCCGCUGCACAUCCUCCAACAAGUAUGCUCCUGUGUCAGUGGCUGGACUCCGCUUUGAGUUUUCUUAUCCUGUUUUUAAGACUCUUUACAAUUGUGUUUAACUUUGAUGAAUUCAGGAAUCACUGAGCACUAUGCACACGCUGGUCCUGUCGGCGCUGCGAUGGCCGCUGCACCGGUGCUCUGCCUCCCAGCUUUCAGAUGAAUGUCAGAUCUGUGCUCAGCAUCUCUCCCGAGACCUCCAGUCUUGAUUUAGGAAUGAAAUUGUGGUCAAACUGAGGAAAUGUAAUGUCUCGCAGUGCCGGUGUCUGACCACAAGGUGGCAGCACGCACACGCCAGCCGGUACAUCACUGAGCAGUGGCAUGUUUUUAAACAAUAGGAAUUUUUAAAUGGUAAAUGCAUUUUCCUUUUUGCACACCUCGGAAGAGAUGCUGAUCACCGAGCGGAGCGCCCGCCGUGCAGCGGAAUCGAACGCACUGCGAGGCAGCUUGAAGUCGCAGCUCGGACCGCUGGCUGCGCUCUCAGGUUUCUCCGAUACGGAAGCGUCCCAUCGCGGACCGUCCGGCACCCGACAGGAAAUCCAUCAGCAGAAAUUUUAACGGAAAGAUGUCACUGUGAUUAUUUGUAGCAUGCAUCCGCAGGAAAUUCUCUCUCUCUCUUUCUCUCUCUCAAUACAGUCACAUCUAUGAUUUCACCACUCCUGCUUUCUGUAGUGCAGUAGUCUUCAAACAUGCUGUUGAGGCCCAAGAGUGUGUUUCUUUAAAAAAAAAACAAGCUGAUUCCACUGACUGGACUGAAGGACGCGCCUCUUGGGCUCCACCGGCUGGUAGCUGACGACCAUCGAUGUAGUGUUUGUGUUGACAUGUAAAGGUGGGGGUGGGGCGGGGGCAAAGGCUAUGUUGGUGCCUAAAUCAGCAAAACUUUGAUUUUAAAGCAAAACUUACUGAUUCUUCUUCUGUUGUUUAAUUUCUUUUCUUUUUUUUCUUUUUUUUAUUUUACAAAGACAAUCCACAAAGUGCUGCACACGUGUAAUAGAGGGUCAGAUGCCAACAUAUUGUCGAUUGCCAUAUCCUAGACCUGUUUAGUAUUUUUAAACGUGCGGACGUGGCCGGCGCUCAGCUCUCGGCUGGACGCUGCCACGCUACGACUCCUUUCUCCUCCUCCUCCUUGCUUGCGGCUUCCACUUUAUUUGUAUUCCUUGAUGUAGAUUUGUUUGUAUCAAUUAAAGAUUAUUUGAAAUGA